AAUAAUGGGUGAGGCCUGUCCGCAUGCGCUACGUCGCCUCUUACCUGCUUGUCGCCCUUGGGGGCAACUCCUCUCCCAGCGCCAAAGACAUUAAGAAGAUACUAGAAAGCGUGGGCAUUGAGGCAGACAAUGACCGGCUCAACAAGGUAAUCAGUGAGCUGAAUGGAAAAAACAUUGAGGAUGUCAUCGCCCAGGGUGUUGGCAAACUUGCUAGUAUGCCUGCUGGUGGAGCUGUGGCUGUUUCUGCUGCCCCUGGCUCUGCAGCUCCUGCUGCUAGUUCUGCCCCUGCUGCAGCAGAGGAGAAGAAAGACGAGUCCGAAGAGUCGGAUGAUGACAUGGGAUUUGGCUUGUUUGAUUAAAUUCCUGCUCCCCUG